AUGCCGCAGAUGCUAGGAAAGCUCUUCAACUCGCGCGUUGGUUAUGACGAUCCAAUGAAGACGAAGCGCUCUGAGAUCUCGAAACCGGAUGUUGCGGGCGAGACUCCGAAAUUGAUUGGGACUUUUCCUAUUCAUAAGCCCAAGAGUGACCGUGCUGCUAGAAUACACAAUGAAGAAAAUAUCAAAGAUACAAUGAUGGGCAAGCGCUUGAUGGCACAGAUGAAGAUACUGAAGGAAUUACGAAUGUUGCAGAAGCGGAAGUAG